CCCCCCCCGACGGCGAAGCAGGCCGCGAUGGCGGUGCAGGCCGCUCACCUGGAGGCGGACGCCUUCCUGGUGUGCCUGAACCACGCGCUUAGUACCGAGAAGGAAGAGGUGAUGGGGCUUUGUAUCGGAGAGAUUGACACCAGCCGAAUUGUUCACAUCCACUCUGUGAUCAUCCUACGCCGGUCUGAUAAAAGGAAAGAUCGGGUGGAGAUUUCUCCUGAGCAACUUUCAGCUGCUUCAACAGAAGCUGAGAGAUUGGCUGAGUUAACAGGCCGGCCUAUGAGAGUUGUGGGCUGGUAUCAUUCUCACCCUCACAUAACAGUCUGGCCUUCACAUGUAGAUGUUCGCACUCAAGCGAUGUAUCAGAUGAUGGACCAAGGCUUUGUGGGGCUUAUCUUCUCCUGUUUCAUUGAAGAUAAAAACACAAAGACAGGCCGGAUUCUGUACACCUGUUUUCAGUCCAUUCAGGCCCAAAAGAGCUCAGAGUAUGAGAGAAUUGAAAUUCCGGUUCAUGUAGUCCCUCACAACACCAUUGGGAAGGUGUGCCUGGAAUCAGCUGUGGAGCUGCCCAAGAUUCUGUGUCAAGAGGAGCAAGAUGCCUACCGAAAAAUCCACAGCCUUACUCAUCUGGACUCGAUAACCAAGAUUCACAAUGGCUCAGUGUUCACGAAAAACCUCUGCAGCCAGAUGUCUGCCAUCAGCGGCCCUCUGCUGCAGUGGCUGGAGGACCGCCUGGAGCAGAACAAGCAGAGGAUGCAGGAACUACAGCGGGAAAAAGAAGAGCUGCUGGAGGAGCUGUCUGCCCUGGAGUGAUGAGAACGAAGGCCUUGUGGCUUAGGAAACAGAG